AUGUCCGGGAUUGAAAUCCUGGGCAUCGCUGCCUCUGUUCUCCAGAUUGCGGACCUCGGUGGCAUACUUUCCGUAGACUUUCCGUCAAGCUAUAUACCUUCUCUCGAAAGAUUAAAAGACAUAGCUGCAACUGGUGCUGUGCUACAGCAGUUGGCUAGUGUGCUCGAGAAGGAUGAAAAGUUGCGACUUUGCUCAGAUCAGGCGAUUGAAAUAACCAAAGGACUGGUCGCUGAUUGCAAGCAAAUCUUCUCAGAACUCGACGACGCACUUGACAACCGCACGACAGGCAACAAAUAUAUCUCAGCAUGGAAGGACCGGCUCAAAUUUCCCUGCAUAGAACUUCAGAUUGACUUGCUCCAGUCUAAUCUGGAGAGGUUGAAGAGCUCUCUAGUAGUCAUGCUGAAUGUUUUGGUCUAUGCCGAGCAACUCCGAAAGUGA